AUGACACGAAGAAGCAUCACGAUUUCCCAGUCUGCUGGUUCUUCCUCUUCAGGAAGUUCGAAUGAGGAUGCUGCAGUUCAGUAUCACGCGCAGACCACAGAAGGGCCGGAAGAGACUUCUGUACUCAUGGAGAACAACGUAAUCGAGAAUGGUUUCGAAAAUGGGUGGAUCACUAAUGAGCAUCAACCUAUCCCGAUGACAUCUACGGGUGAUCUUAUCACUACUGCUUCAUUACCCGAAUCCAUGUUUCAGAUCAAUGACCUAGGUGACUUUGCGGUUGAUAGAACUACGGUAGAACCAACUAUGGCGGCAUCCAGCAUUAACUGGUUGAGCGAUAGCCAGUAUCUUUCGCUGUGGGAGAGCCAGUUAUCGGUUGUUGCUGAUGGCCUUGGGCCUGCGGGAUAUGCGUUUCCCUCUGGACUUGCUAGGCCCAAUCAUGUCCCACCCUGGAUCUCUACUCAGUACAACGACGCAAAUGAUUCUGAUAUGGCUAGGUCAGUUCCCGAAACAGCCUUCACACCAAGUCCAAUGGAUGCUGCUGGCUGUCGUCACAGCCGAGCAGAUAGCCUCCGCGGAUCCAGUGCCUCAAAGUCAACUGACGGAACGCUUUAUGUCGAAGGAACGAUGGCGAGAGCACCGUUUGGUGGACAGCUCUUAGGUAGACACACGAACCAAGCCAGCACAUCUCACGCGGAGACUGGGUCAAUUAGCGGAGCCCCGGAUUCGCUUGAGCUUGAUAAUCAAGAAGGUUUUUCUCGCUAUGUAUCAAGAGAGCUUUACUCGGAGUUAGUUUCAGCUACGCGUGGAUAUGCCGAAACUUACAGCCCGGAAUCUGCUGCUUUGAUACCCCCAUUAGGACAUGUCAGAUGUUUUGUGCGGCUUUACUACGAAAAUUUUCAUGUUACAUAUCCUUUUCUACGAAAGAGCGCCUCAAUAUGGAAAGACCCAAGUAAUUGGAUACUGCUACUGGCUGUGUCAGUUAUCGGUGCCAAAUAUUUGGGAGGUACAUGGUCGUCAUCCUUAUCCAGGGUAUUAGGGAUAAUCCUGGAUCGCAGGCUUGACUCGAUGUCUGAGAAAAGUGAUCAGGACAGUCAUGAGACUUGGAUUCCAGGUUCUUUCCAACCGAGAGUUCGAUUGGACUUUAUAACACUUCAAGCCGUUACUCUCAGCAUGGUUGACAGGCUCCAUAGCGGCCAAAAGGCCGUGACGGAGCGUGCGCUGGGCCAGAUGUUUCUCCUCAUUGAACAUUGCAGAAGCAUGAAUCUAUUGUCCCGUACACCGCCCAAAGUCGAUAGUGUAGCAUCCAGUGAUGGGUCAUCCAUCAGAAAAUGGCUACGAGCUCAAUCAGAAUUACGAACGGGAUUGAUGUUAUGGAUUCUCGAUUCCAUCGUCGCACACGAAUUCGAUUGUCCGCACCUCUUACAGCUUCACGAAGUUAAAGCUACACUUCCAUGCCAAGACGAUAUAUGGGACGAGCCGACGUGGGAGAAACUCAACAGCAAUGGCUGUCGUCAAGCAACAGUACUUGAGGCACUUCAUCUUCUUUACAUGGAAAAACGACAACCAAGUAGCUUGACUGAAUUUGGGAAUAUCGUAAUGAUACACGCCGUUUGUCGCAGGACCAAAGAGGCCGCUUACCAAUACGAAACUGCGUUGUCAAGAUGGACUCCAGUUGCGCAUAUUGAGCCCUGUUCGGAAUCAAGUACUGUGGCCGAGUCGUGGCCACCAAGUCUCGAAAUAAUAACACGGUGGAGAAACAGUGCUUGCGAUUGCCUCGACAUACUACAUUGGAAAGCAAACGGAAAAGCUGCCAAUGCUGGCGGUUCAGAACACCCAACUAUUCUUCUUCUCCACCUCUCCCGGUUAUAUCUCUUAGCACCUUGCAAGCAUUUACAAAAAGUUGCGACGUUAGCGACUUUAUCCAAGGCGAAUAAUGGGACACAUGAAAUUGCGGGCUAUUCAGAAGCAUAUGCUCAUCUUCAUCGUUGGGCAAAUGUCGACCAGUACAAGGCCAGGCUGUCUAUUGUUCAUGCCGGAGCUUUGAUGUGGCAUAUCCGCCGUUACAGUGGCAACGGCUUUAUAGAACCACACGCCAUCUAUCUUGCUACUCUAUUAGUCUGGGCCUAUAGUGCUUUCACUUCACGGAUGACAGAACAAGAGCCUCUACAGGAUGCUGGGGUGGCAAGACUGAGGCAAGAUCUAGCGAGCCAUGUUCCACAAGGCCCUGGCAAUGUAGGGACUAUACCGCAAUUUGACGAUGGAGACGAAGAAGAAGAUCCGGAGCCAGCAUUUAUCCACCUCGAUCGACCAUGUGACGACGAAAUGGUCCAAACCUAUAUACGGCUUGGGCAUAAGAUGAAAGGCUAUAUGCAGCGAGUUGGAGAUAUUUGUAGUACUGACGCCCCAUCGAAGAUUCUAAAGGAAGGUAUAAGGCUACUAUCACAUACAAGGGCCAAAGAAAAGGCGUGGGGAAUCGAGGUCUCUUUUGUCAGGGGUUUGACAGGUCUAUUGGAUGCAACCGCUGCACUAUAG